AUGGAACUCACUGGGGACUCUAUUGCCGCAACUGUAUUGAAGAAGUUUAAUGCUCUGUCUAAGAAGCGCAAGCCCAUACAGCGAGCUGAUCAUCGGAGAGAAUGGGUUCCUCUGGCUGGAAUUGUUGCUCAAGGAGAAGAUGGACUGACGUGUCUGGCUCUUGGAACAGGAAUGAAAUGCCUUCCUUCCAACAAGAUCCCUGAAGCCAACGGCACGGUUCUCCACGACUGGCACGCCGAGGUUGUUGCUCUCCGCUCCAUCAACCGUUUCUUACUCGAAGAGUGCCGGAAAAUAGCUUUGUCCAGGGAGCAGUCCUCGAAGUAUGUGAGAAGGAGAAGGGCGGACGAGAUCGCCCCGAGCAACUUCCAGCCUUUCACAAUCAAGGAAGAUGUAAAACUACAUAUGUAUUGCUCUGAGGCACCAUGCGGUGAUGCCAGCAUGGAGCUCACCAUGGCCGCCCAAGACGAUGCAACCCCCUGGGCCAUCCCUGCCCCCGCAUCCCCUACAGCAACAGAUUCCAGUAUGCCCGGGCGUGGCUACUUUUCGAAUCUAGGCAUCGUCCGGCGCAAACCCUCUCGCCCCGAUGCUCCCUCCACGCUCUCAAAAUCGUGCUCCGACAAGAUAACACUGAAGCAGAUAACCUCUGUCCUCAGCUCCAUCACCUCCUUACUCAUCUCACCAGAAAAUGCAUACCUGAAAACCCUCACGUUGCCGGAGUCUCAAUAUGUAGCUGUUGGCUGUGAGCGCUGCUUUAGUCCGCGGGGACGGUUAAAGGACUUACAGGUGCCUCCGAGUGGAGGAUAUAGCUUCCAAAACUUCAAGAUGGUGACAACGAAGAGCGAAUUUGCAUAUUCUCGCCGCGACGCAGACGGCUCGCCUCUUCUGAGUGAUGCAAUUUCGCCAAGUAAUAUUGCCGCCUCUUGGUCACCAUACUUUGAGGAAACGCUGAUAGGAGGCGUUCUUCAGGGGCGGAAACAGAAUGAUCCGAGAGGCGCAAGUGUUGUGUGCAAAAAGAGGAUGUGGGAGCUAGCUCGCGACAUAACGAGAUUAUUAGAUUUGGAAGAUACUAGCUCAGUGGAGAACUCUCCGUCAGAUGAAGUGGAAUCCGGGGCUGUGAAAGGUCACAAAACAUAUGAAGAUAUGAAGCAGUGCCAGCUUCUGCAAGACAGGAUGAUUGCCAAAAAUGAUGCCAGGGAAGCAUUGAAAGGAUGGGUAAGGAAUGAUGGAGACGAAGGGUUCACUUUAGACGAAUAA